AUGGUAACUCUUGGGCAAGUUUGAACGUAGAAGCCAGAUUACGGUAAGGAUUUUAAGCCCAACAGGAUUACCUCUAGAUUUAAGCACCUUAUUUAGUUCUAAGCAAUGAAAAUCAGCCACAAGCUUGUCUGUAGAGUGUGUAUAUAAAGGCUGCUUCAGACGCAAAACCCAAUCUGGUGGAUAACCACGCACAGUUGUAGAAUUUGAAUCACUGUUCCUUCUUUGAGUCGUAACAGAAUGGGAUCCUCUAAGCUGGCCCUGCUGCUGGUCUUGCUGUCCUGUGUAGAGCGCUCUCUGUCUGCCUCCUGUGUUGUCGACAGCUUCACGGUCAAAGAGGACUUUGACCCCAAGAGGUACGCAGGUAAAUGGUACGCACUGCAGAAGAAAGAUCCAGAGGGCCUGUUCCUGCAGGACAACAUCUCAGCUGAGUACACCAUUGAUGAUGACGGCUCCAUGAUUGCCUCCUCCAAGGGACGUGUCACUCUGUUUGGCUUCUGGGUUGUGUGUGCUGACAUGGCCGCCCAGUACUCUGUCCCCGACCCCACCAUCCCCGGCAAGAUGUUCAUGAACUACCAGGGUCUGGCCAGCUACCUGUCCAGUGGAGGUGACAAUUACUGGGUGAUUGACACAGACUACGACAACUACGCCAUCACCUACGCCUGCCGUACCCUGAAGGACGACGGCACCUGUGACGACGGCUAUGCCAUUGUGUUCUCCAGAAACCCCCGUGGCCUGCCACCCGCCAUCCAGCGCACCGUCCGUCAGAAACAGGAUGACAUCUGCAUGACCGGACAGUUUCAACCCGUCCUGCAGUCCGGAGCCUGCUAAAGAGAAAGAGGGGAGGAGAGUGUGAAGCUAAGAGAGCCAGCUGGUUGCAAGCAAGAAGAGGGAGGAUGAGAGAGUGCAUGUGACAGUGUGUGUUGUGUAUGUGAGAGGGAUAAUAUGCAGUCAAUGGACAGAUAAAAAAAAAACAACUAAGAACGAGGAGGACACACAUUAUAAAAAAUGGAAAGACAGUGAAAGACCUUUUCAUUUCCUCCUCUUGCACUCUGUGUUCAUCCAUUGUUUGUCCAAAAUGUUUGUGAGUGUACAUGAAA